AUGCCGGUGGCUGCUUCCGCUGUUUACUUCUUGAAUCUCCGCGGAGACGUUCUCAUCAAUCGUCUUUAUCGCGACGAUGUUGGGGGAAAUAUGGUUGAUGCUUUUCGGACGCAUAUAAUGCAAACAAAAGAGCUUGGUACCUGUCCCGUGAAGCAGAUUGGUGGCUGUUCUUUCUUUUACAUGAGGAUAAGCAAUGUCUACAUUGUGAUUGUUGUCAGCACCAAUGCUAAUGUAGCUUGUGCUUUCAAGUUUGUAGUGGAGGCUGUUGCAUUGUUCAAAUCAUAUUUUGGUGGCGCCUUUGACGAGGAUGCUAUUCGCAACAAUUUUGUACUCAUUUACGAGCUUCUAGAUGAAAUCAUGGACUUUGGUUAUCCACAAAACCUUUCACCGGAGAUCUUAAAGCUUUAUAUCACCCAGGAAGGAGUCCGAUCCCCGUUUUCAUCUAAGGCAUCAGAGAGACCUGUUCCAAAUGCGACGUUACAAGUUACCGGUGCUGUUGGUUGGCGAAGAGAAGGCCUUGUAUACAAAAAGAAUGAGGUCUUCUUAGAUAUUGUGGAGAGUGUGAAUCUUCUUAUGUCGUCAAAAGGCGUUGUUCUGCGCUGUGAUGUAACGGGGAAGAUUCUUAUGAAGUGCUUUCUUUCUGGAAUGCCUGAUUUGAAGUUGGGUUUGAAUGACAAGAUUGGCCUUGAGAAAGAGUCGCAACUUAAGUCACGUCCUACUAAAAGUGGAAAAACUAUCGAGCUUGAUGAUGUCACUUUCCAUCAAUGUGUAAAUUUGACGAGGUUCAAUUCGGAAAAGACUGUUAGUUUUGUGCCUCCAGAUGGUGAAUUUGAACUAAUGAAGUAUCGCAUCACUGAGGGUGUUAAUCUUCCCUUCAAAGUAUUGCCAACCAUCAAGGAACUUGGUAGAACACGGAUGGAAGUAAAUGUUAAGGUAAAGAGUGUCUUUGGUGCAAAGAUGUUUGCAUUAGGAGUCGUUAUCAAAAUUCCCGUGCCAAAACAAACAGCUAAAACGAGUUUCACAGUCACAUCUGGUCGAGCAAAAUAUAAUGCAGCUAUUGAUUGUUUGGUUUGGAAAAUAAGAAAAUUUCCUGGGCAAACUGAGCCAACUCUGAGUGCAGAAAUUGAACUUAUCUCCACAAUGACUGAAAAGAAAUCAUGGACUAGACCACCAAUUCAGAUGGAGUUUCAGGUUCCUAUGUUCACAGCAUCUGGUUUACGAGUCCGAUUUCUUAAGGUGUGGGAAAAGAGUGGCUACAACACUGUUGAGUGGGUUCGAUAUAUUACAAAAGCAGGAUCAUACGAGAUUAGGUGCUAG